AUGCAGAUGAAAAAUCAGUUUUUCUUCUUCUUAUUCAUCUGUUGCUUUUCUGCUGCAGAAAACAAUGAACAAUCUGCAUUACUUUCUGUAAAAGCAGGUCUCGUUGAUCCAUUGAAUAGUUUACAUGAUUGGAAGGAUGCAGGUGCAGCACAAGCUCAUUGUAACUGGACAGGUGUCGAAUGUAACUCGGCCGGAGCUGUAGAGAAGCUUAAUCUCUCACACAUGAACCUUAGUGGAAGUGUUUCCAAUGAGAUACAAAGUUUGAAAAGUUUAACUUUUUUAAACUUGUGCUGCAAUGGAUUUGAGUCAUCACUGUCAAAGCACAUAACCAGUCUUACCUCACUCAAGAGUCUCGACGUGAGCCAGAAUUUCUUCACCGGGGACUUUCCAUUAGGCCUUGGAAAGGCAUUGGGACUCGUUACGUUGAAUGCAUCGAGCAACAAUUUCUCUGGUUUUCUUCCUGAGGACCUCGGAAAUGUCUCUUCCUUGGAGACACUUGAUCUUAGAGGAAGCUUCUUUGAAGGUUCUAUACCUAAGUCUAUCUGUAACUUGAGUAAGUUGAAGUUCCUUGGUCUAUCAGGAAAUAAUCUCACCGGGAAAAUCCCAGUUGAGAUUGGAAAACUUUUGUCGCUGGAGUCUAUGAUCAUUGGUUAUAACGAAUUUGAAGGCGCUAUUCCAAAAGAGUUUGGAAAUUUAACCAAGCUGAAGUAUCUUGAUUUAGCAGAAGGUAAUUUUAGUGGUGAAAUUCCUGCUGAGUUGGGAAAGCUCAAGUUAUUGAACACAGUUUUCUUAUAUAAGAACAGUUUUGAAGGAAAAAUCCCACCAACUAUUGGCAACAUGACUUCAUUGGUGCUGUUGGAUCUCUCAGAUAACAUGUUAUCAGGAAACAUUCCGGCCGAGAUUAGUCAGCUGAAGAACUUGCAGCUUCUGAAUGUCAUGAGGAACAAGCUAUCUGGUCCUGUACCUUCUGGUCUUGGAGAUUUGCCUCAACUAGAGGUGCUUGAGCUAUGGAACAAUUCGUUCUCGGGGCCAUUGCCUAGUGAGCUCGGCAAGAAUUCGCCAUUGCAGUGGUUGGACGUUUCGUCCAAUUCACUCUCUGGCGAAAUUCCAGAGACCCUUUGCACUAAGGGAAAUCUCACCAAGCUUAUACUUUUCAACAAUGCAUUCAAGGGUCCAAUUCCAACAAGCCUAUCAAAAUGUCCCUCGCUCGUUCGUGUUCGGAUUCAAAACAACUUUCUUUCUGGUACAAUCCCUGUUGGUUUUGGUAAGCUUGGGAAGCUUCAGAGACUAGAAUUGGCUAACAAUAGUCUCACCGGUGGAAUUCCGAACGACGUUGCUUCUUCCACGUCUCUUUCUUUCAUUGAUUUCUCCAGAAACAAUCUCAGCUCUUCCAUUCCUUCGACUGUUAUUUCCAUUCCAAAUCUGCAAACGUUCAUGGUCUCCGAAAACAACCUGGAAGGUGAAAUUCCAGAUCAAUUCCAGGACUGUCCCUCACUCGGAGUCCUUGAUCUCUCAUCGAACUUCUUUUCUGGAACCAUUCCAGAAAGCAUUGCUUCAUGUCAGAAAUUGGUGAAAUUGAGCCUACAGAACAACCGAUUGACCGGUGGCAUCCCAGAAGCAAUAGCAAGCAUGCCUACAUUGUCUAUUCUUGAUCUUGCUAACAACACUCUAACUGGUCAAAUACCUGGUAGCUUUGGCAUAUCUCCGGCUCUCGAAACAUUCAAUGUCUCAUACAACAAGCUAGAAGGUCCUGUCCCAGAAAAUGGCAUGCUAAAAGCAAUCAAUCCAAAUGAUCUUGUGGGAAAUGCUGGCCUAUGUGGUGGCUUCUUCCCUCCAUGUGGAAAAACCUCGGCAAACUCAUUAAGGCACGGAAGCUCGCAUGCAAAGCACGUUAUUGUAGGAUGGAUAGUUGGAAUCUCAUCAAUCUUAGCCAUUGGAGUUGCAGCUUUGGCAGCAAGAUUUAUAUACACGAAGUGGUACACCGAAGGAUUGUGCUUCCAAGGAAGAUUUUAUAGAGGUGGCAAAGGGUGGCCUUGGAGACUGAUGGCAUUUCAGAGACUUGAUUUUACGAGUACCGAUAUACUAUCCUGCAUCAAAGAAACAAACGUGAUAGGCAUGGGAGGAACCGGCGUUGUUUAUAAGGCCGAGAUACCACACUCAAGUACAGCUGUGGCUGUUAAAAAACUGUGGAGAACAGAAUCCGAUAUUGAGGUAGGAAGUAGUAGUGACGAUCUUGUUGGAGAGGUGAAUCUUCUAGGGAGGCUAAGGCAUAGGAAUAUUGUUAGACUACUAGGUUUUCUUUACAAUGACACUGAUUUGAUGAUAGUUUAUGAAUUUAUGGUGAAUGGAAACCUUGGAGAUGCCUUGCAUGGUAAACAAGCUGCGAGAUUGCUUGUUGACUGGGUUUCCCGGUAUAACAUAGCUCUAGGAAUCGCACAAGGACUCGCUUAUCUUCAUCACGACUGCCAUCCACCUGUUAUCCAUCGAGACAUCAAGUCAAACAACAUACUGCUCGAUGCAAAUCUUGAGGCAAGGAUAGCAGAUUUCGGAUUGGCCAAAAUGAUGAUUCGGAAGAAUGAAACAGUCUCCAUGAUUGCUGGAUCCUAUGGAUACAUUGCUCCUGAAUAUGGAUACUCCUUGAAGGUAGACGAAAAGAUUGACAUUUACAGCUUUGGAAUAGUUCUGUUGGAGCUGAUAACAGGAAAGCGGCCGAUAGAUCCGGAGUUUGGAGAAUCUAUCGACAUUGUUGGGUGGAUUAGAACGAAGAUAGACAAAAAUUCUCCAGAAGAAGCAUUAGACCCAAGUGUAGGAAACUGUAAACAUGUUCAAGAAGAGAUGCUUUUAGUUCUCAGAAUAGCACUUCUCUGCACUGCUAAGCUACCUAAGGACAGACCCUCCAUGAGGGAUGCCAUAAUGAUGCUAGGAGAAGCAAAGCCAAGGAGAAAAAGUGGUAAGAACAAUGAUACAUUAACUGCUAACAAAGAGAUGCCAAUAAUUAGAACAUCACCAGAUAAUGACCUUCUGUAA